AAGAAACUCUAGCUGGGAAUAAACCGGGAAAUACCUUGAGUGCCAUUGGCUACAAUAACCUUGAGGAAAAAUUCAAAGAAAGGACUAAACGACAACACUAUCCACAUGGCAAGCUGAAGAACAAAUGGGAUGCAUUGAAGGCACAAUACAACUUGUGGUUAGAUUUGAAGAGGGCUGCAACCGGUCUUGGUUUUGACGUUCAAAAGGGAAUAAUUACAGCUAGUGAUGAAUGGUGGGAGGCCAAAAUAGCGGAAAACAUCAAAUAUCGCAAGUUUCGUGAUGGCCCUAUGGAGAACCUAGAUGAGCUUGAAGUUAUGUUUCAACAUAUCAAUGUCACGGGUGCAUCUUCGGUCAUUCCAGGUGCUCCUACAAAUGCAGCUCCCAUUGAGGUUGGUGAUGAUUCUACGGAGGGUGAAGAUGAUGCUACCAUUGUAGACGAUGAAAAAAAGGGAGGAAAGCGUAAGAUUAAUAAUGACCUUCCACAAAACCCUAAGAAGAAGGGUAGGAAUCCCAUGGUUAGGCAAGUGACACGUCUUAUUGAUGUGAUUUCUACCGGCAAAACGAAGAAUGCUCAAAAGGUUGAGGAUGAUAUCAUAGAGCUCAUUGAACAAGCCGUGAAUGCGGGAGCCUAUGAAGGAAGCGAUGAACACUUUAUGGCCACCAAGCUUUUUAUCAAGCAAGAAUACCGUGCAGUGUUUAAAUCCUUUAAAACUAAUGAAGGAAAGGUGGCUUGGCUCAAGAGGAUGUACGAAGAGAGGAAAAGGGACUAGACUUUUUGAUCAAUCAUGUGAUGUAUCCUAAUAUUAUGCUAUCAUUUUUAUUUCAGCUGAACCAUAUAUGUAAUGUUUCAAAUUAUGGUACUGUAAGAACCUUA